AUGUGCAAGCACACCUACCACCACUAUCCCAGCUGCGGCCACAUCUCCAACUGGAGCAUAACCAGCUGCAAAGAGUAUUCGAACAAACUGCGGCUGGCCGGCCCAAAGUUGAUAUCCGCAUGCGAGGCCAUCGACAUCUCGCACGAGUUCCUUCUCUCCACGCAGCCGAGCAUGUGCGUACAAUGUGAGUCUGAGUGGGCAGCCAGCGUUUCAUCUGGUGAGGCCCCAUCAAUGCCCUACCAGGGAAUCGAGAGCGCCGAUGCUACAGCGCACAUUGUCGAUAUUACUGCGCGAAUGGUGAGUAUCUCUGUAUCUGAAUAUUAUACUGCCAACGGGGACUCGGGGAGUGCUGGCCACAGCGAUAAUGGUCAGGGCUUCUUGAGUGCUGCUGGCAGCGGCGGGGAUUUGGGGAAUACCGAUCACAGCGAUAAUGAUUGGGUUUUCUCAGAUGCUGUCGGAUUUACUGAUGCGGACACAAUUGCUGACCACAGUGACGAUGGGCAGAUUUUCUCGUGUGCUGCUGAUGGUUCGGAUUUAUUUUCGGGCAAAUGUGCUGGACUGAGGUUCAUGUUAGCGGACACUACCGGUGAGAUGCCAUCUCCCAACCUUGAACAUGGACAAGACAGCGACUGUAGUAACUACGACUACGAGGAAGUCGAUAUUUGGAUAGAUUCGCCGGCCGACGAGUCUGUAUACGGAACUCCAAAGAGCCCCUUGUACCCCGAAUUCAUCUACACGCCCAUUCCCCACGAGCCUCUCACCGAAGAAGAAUGGGACGAGCUCAACAGCGAAACGUUCGGCAUCACAGACGGCAGCAUCCUCGCCGAAAUAGACCCCGACUCCCUAGGAGAAAUUCCAAAUUCACACGAUAAGUGCCACGAAGAAUCCCCCAAACAAACUAGCAUCCUCCCAGACCUCGACCUCUUGCUAAUCCAGCAGUGCAUCGAAGCAACCAUCCGCAAACGCAUCGAAGAAAACGCCCAAAAGCAAUCACGCCAACAAACAAGUUCAGACCUCCUCACCACCGCCCUCCUCCAGAAGGACGAAUCGGACCGCCGCGCCCGCAACGCAGCAAACGGCAUCGAAGACGACAUAACCCUAUGGGCCACAGAAUCCCUAGACACCCUUUUCACCGCAGCCCCAACCCACAAAAACACAAGCACCACCGUUUCCCCCCGCACAAAGCCCACCCCAAAACAAAAGUCUAAAACAAGACCCCCCUCUCCCCUCCCAGGCCCCCAGCCCGUAAUGCACACCUACCACGGCAGCGUCUUUGCAGCCUCCAAGCAGCACGCACAAGAAAUGGGCCUCUCCGUAAUCAGCCCACAUAAGCACCAGCAAAGCGAAUGGACGGGGUUCAUGCGUGCGUUCUGCGCCGCCGACGCCGCCAGAAUGGGCCUGUUUGACGCCGUGCAUGUGCGCGGCUGCUGCGCCGCCCGGCCUGCAGACCAGCACCUGUACUACGGGGCCCUGGAUGCAGGUAGUGAGUCGGAAGCCGAGGCGCGCGGCCUAGCGGAUAUCCAGCGUGCUGGGCGCGGGCGCUUCCACGGGACUCGUUGGGCGGAGAGCGAGGCGCAGGCGUCUGCGUUGGGACUUGAUGAGCCGCGCCAUGUCUGGGGCUGUUGUUUGCAGGGGCGGUUUGAGGUGCCGCCUGCUGUGAGGCAUUGUUAUCUUGGGCGUAUGACGGGAGAUUCUUUGGGGGAUGUUAUGGAUAGGGGGUUGAGGGAGCCGCAGGUGGGUGGGGAGGAUGGGCUGUUUUAUGGGUUUGUGGAGGCUACGUGUGAGUUUGAGGCUUGGGGGAUGGGGUUGAGGGAGAUUGAGCAUGCUGGGUUUUGUUUUGAGGAGGGUGAUGAUGAGGAGGAGGAGGAGGAGGAGGAGGAGGAGGAGGAGGAGGAAGAGCAGGCAGUGGGAGUGGACAUGUUGAUCCCUGAUGUGCAGGUUACUUUUCAUGGGUUUAUGUACGGGUUAUCGGAACAGGAGGUUGUUGAUCGGGGAUUGAAAAAUGCUCUGCUUGUUCCUGGUUAUUCGGUCAAAUAUUUUGGGAGUCUUCAGGCGGGAAGUGAAGAAGAAGCUCGGACUAUGGGGCUUAUUGACCCAUCGCGUAUGAAGUGGAGUGGAGAUACGUGA